AUGACUGAAUUUUCCGCUCCUCCGCAAGUAUUACUCACAGCCAGCACCGAUAAGUUUUGCUUUAUUCAGCUGCGCAUUACAUCGUGUAAAGUUGAGGUCUCAAGUCACCACGACUUGGCGGCGAUAACAUCGCUAGAUGUUCAUGCCGAUUGA